CAAGUUUCAUUACCCUCGCACGUGAUUCUAACGACCACAAGGGGGGUUAACUCGUGGGUUAUCUUCCCUUGCGUUGCGUCUUGCGUGCAUAAGAACCCCUCCCCCCUCUUUGCCGUCUCGCUCUGUAACUUUCGCACCUUUCACUCUCAGGUCUCAGCAAUGGGCGAAGUCGGCCGCAACGACAAUUCAAACCUUCCCCCCCACAUCGCCGUAAUGGCGUUCCCGUUCGGCACCCACGCGGCUCCUCUCCUCAACAUCACGCGCAGGUUAGCGGCGGCCGCCCCUGAGGCAACGUUCUCAUUCUUCGGCACGGCGGAGUCCAACCGUUCCGUCUUCCCAUCCAGCGGAGAUGCUCUACUACUACUACAUAACGUAAAAGCCUAUAAUAUCUCAGACGCAAUCCCCGAAGGAUACCACUUUACGGGGAGGCAUCAGGAGAGUAUAGAGCUGUUCCUGGAAGCAACGCCAGGAAACUUCAAGGAGGGGUUCGAAGCGGCGAUUGCGGAGACGGGGAAGAAGAUCACCUGCGUGUUGAGCGACGCUUUCCUGUGGUUCGCGGCUGUCAUGGCGGACGAGCUCAGCGUCCCGUGGGUUCCCAUUUGGUUGUCUGCACUUUGCUCUCUGUCCACCCACCUCCACACUGAUCUCAUCCGCCACAGGAUUGGCGUUAGCCCCAACGGUAUUGCAGACCGUGAGGACGAGCAACUUGAUUUUAUUCCCGGGAUGUCGAAAUAUCGUCUCUGGGAUUUGCAGGAAGGGAUCCUUAUCGGAAACUUGGAAUCACCCUUCAACCGGAUGUUACAUCGAAUGGGUCAGAUGCUUCCACGUGCCGCGGCGGUUUUCAUCAACUCUUUUGAAGAGCUGGAACCCGCCACCAUGGAGGAUAUGAAGUCAAAGUUGAAAAAGUGUUUCACUGUGGGGCCGUUUACCAUCUUGGCUCCACCUCCAUCCGGUCCGGACGAGACCGGCUGCCUAGCGUGGCUGGACCGCCAAAAGCCCCGAUCCGUGGUUUAUUUGGGCUUUGGAUCAGUGAUCACACCUCGGCCUCCUGAGCUGACCGUCCUUGCAGAAGGGCUAGAGGCCAGUGGUGCACCAUUUCUGUGGUCCAUUGGAGACAACGUAAAGGCCCAAUUGCCAGUUGGGUUUAUUGAGAGAACACAAGACAGGGGAAUGCUGGUUUCAUGGGCCCCACAGAGGCGUGUGCUGGACCAUGCGGCGGUUGCCGUAUUUAUAUCGCAUGGUGGAUGGAAUUCCGUUGUGGAGAGUAUUUCCAGCGCGGUGCCGCUGAUCUGCCGUCCAUUUUUUGGAGAUCAAAGGUUGAACGCACGAUUGGUAUCGGGAGUAUGGGGAAUUGGGGUAACAAUUAGGGGUGGGGUGUUUACGAGGGAGGGUCUGAUGGACGCUCUGGAUUUGAUUUUAUCAAAGGACGAAGGAAAGAAAAUGAGGGAGGAAGGUGGGACCCUACGAGAGCUUGCAAGAAAAGCGGUUGGACCAGAGGGGAGCAGUACGCUGUAUUUCAAUGCUUUAUUGGAGAUAGUUUGCAACACCUAAUGAUAAACCCUCUUCUUGCAAGCAAAUGAGAGACCCUCAAGGUAGAUCUAGUUUGGUUUAAUUUGCAGUGUGAAUUACCUACCAUUAAAUAAUGGCUCUUUAGUGUAUUUUGUUAUUCUUCUUGCUCAGGCGUAUGAAUAAAAUGCAUUCAACAGUCUUA